AUGGCACGACGUCGCAAACGCUCCGUUCUUACCACUCUGAAAACGUUGAUCACGAACAAAAAUUCGCGUAUUGGACAGCUAGCGUGCACCCUGUGCGACCAUUACAUCAUGGGAAAUUCGAUCUACGUGAUCAUACUCGGCCUCAUUGGGACCGUGAUUACAGCGUUCGAUAUCAUCCGAAUAAUUAAUUGCAAGAUACCGGUAAGGUCAUCAUCGCAAACCAGGAAUAAAGAAACUGUUCCCUUGGAUGUGGAAAGGGAUCUAAAGUUAAUGACUUCGAUUCUGGGAAUAGAACACUACACUUUAAUCAUGCUGGGCGCAAUUACAGAAUACCCAAUGUUGCAUACACCCUGGCUAUUAAUGCAAUUAUGCGUGAUUAUCGUGGAGAUGAUCGUAUUCAGCGUGAAGGUGUUUUUGGACGGGCUUCACAUAAAACGGGACGAAAUUUUACUAGCCGUCCUGACCGUACAUAAUUGGCUUCAAGUGUUCUGUUUGUUUCACAGACAAGUUCGAAAAUCUCACUGA